CGCUGCCCCGAUCCCCACCUCCUCCCUCGAUCCACUCCCCGCCGAAUGCCAGAUCUCGCCGCCGCCUCGUCCCCAAACCUCCGCCGGGGCCUCCUCCUUCCCCAACCGCAACCUCUGCUCCCCUGAGCCCCUCAUCCCGCCGCCGUCCUCUGAUCCCGCCGCCGCGCGCCUUCCCCUGAACCCCACGCCGCGCGCGCCCUCCCAGGAACGCCCCGCCGCCACGAGCCCUCCCGGGAACCCCCGCCGCCGUGCACCCUCCCCGGAACCACCGCCCUCCUCAAAUCCCGCCGCCAGUGCCACCGCCCUCCCCGGAUCACCCAGCCACCGCCAUCUCCCUCCCUGGUCGCGCCGCCGCCACUCUUUCCCUCCCCAAAUAGCAUCGCAACCACCACCUCUGGCCUCUCCUGCAUCGCGCCCAUGCUCCUCUACCUACGGGCGCGGCUCUGCCCCACAACCAUCGCCGUCGACGAAGCCCGACAACCAUUAGCCUGGGCACCCUCCCUCCCGCCCGCUUGCUCCGACGCGGAUCCGGACAACCCCGCAACCCUCCCCUCCGGUUCAGGAAAGGAUGCAGGCUUCCACACGAUGCCUGAAAAAUGCCACUUUCCAAAUCUCGUCUCCGUCCGAGCACGAAGCCGCUGCUGCCCGUCAGUGCUUGGUGCACCAGGAGAAGUUCGUCACCUCACUUGCGAGCAGUCCAUCUAUCGCCUCCUGUGCAAGCACUCCAUCACCUCACACAGUGUCCGUUCGACAGAGUUUGUCCUUUUGAAGAAGCGGAAAAUGGAGUUUGAAGCGGCCGCGGGCGGGUGGUGGUGUGGUUGCAGAAGAAGAAACGCUGGUGCGAACUCGUCCAUCCGGCGCUAGUAUACCAGUAUGAUUUGGAGGCGAAGAAUUUUUUGUGUCUCUUACCAUGAAUCUGUGUAGCUAUGGAAACUUGGCUUCCUGUAAAAUUUUAAGAUAUAUCGCUAGCACUUUGUUCCCCAAGUGUGUUUGCAUUAAUGCGUGAGAGGAAACUAUUCUGGGCC